CGUAGCGUGCGUAGGAUGUUUCGCGCCAGCAUUGGAAGGUGAAAGAAAGUGAAUACCUUUGGAGUUUUUGAGGUCUCAAAUCAAAUUAUGGCAACAUCUAAUGACUGACAGAACAAGCAGAAGACCACACUGAGGACGAGACACGUGUACCGUGUAAUAUUUUAGGGAAAAUGUCGUGAAUUCAAUUGCACUCUACAUGCAAGUGCAUCUUUCCUGGUUAUUGUCAUUCCUUUUCUAGUGUUUUUAAGACCUCUAAAUGGAACCAAAAUGACCAAAAUCAGAAGAACGAAGUUGAAUUUAUACCAUGGAUAUAUGUUCUGACACAUUUAAGUAAGUUUUUGUCCACAUGAACUUUGUCCAUUUUGUAUUAGAGUAGUUUGAAUGGAUUCUAAUAUAUCCCUUAACUUUGAGUUAUAUUAGAUGACAUCACUUUGAAAAGCUUUAAAUAACAAAACCUUUCAACCCAUGUAUAUUAUGUAAGGUGGGCCAAUAUUUGUUUCUGAAAGAAAAUUUUGACCGUGGUUGAGGAUUAGGCCUAUACCUAGGCCUAUAACAAAAUUAUAAGUGACCAGAUUGUGGCCAAGUGAUUAAGGUGGAUAAUGUACAUUCAUGACAUUGUUGCUAAGAAACACAAGGUUUAGGUAGAUUCUCACUCGUAAAUGACUUAUUGUUAGUCUGUGGGACAUUGGUAACAGUAAGUGGUUGAUGCCGAUUGUCCCUAAGUACAACACUGAAGAAGAAAAAAAAAUCGCAUACAGUUCUGAAUAGAAAAAGAUCCCAUCCAAACAUGUCAAGAAGUGUAACAAGAACAAAAAUAUGUUUCAUUUAAACCAGCAUGGCAUCGUUUAACCAACCCUGUUUGGUGGGUCAAGCGGCUUAUACCCCUGUUCAACAACAACAGCAGCAACAACAACAACAACAGGUGCCAGUCUCACAGCAACAGCAGGUCACCCCACAAACAGCCGGGGUAGCAGUCCAGCCUCCGGCUGGGUCUCAGCAGCCCCAGGGAACACCAGCCCCUAAGGAGCCUAAUUAUGCCCUACUGUGUCGGGCGGGUCAAGAAUUUGUCCAUGAGAUUGUUAAUAAGACAAAUGAAUUGUUCCAGGUGUUAAAAGUGAUGCAGCUCCCCAAUGGUUACACCCAGCAGACAACGCUUCCUGUGUUCAAGGAGCGGAAAGCUAAAGUGGAUGAGUUAUUGCAGACGAUUAACACGGCCUUUCGGAAACUGAAACUGAUGUAUGACACUGUGAAUGAGUACACAUCCUCCCUGGAAAAUGGUCCCAUUGAGACCUUGAUCCCCUUAGAUGGAAUUGAAAUCGAUGAUCGAGGGAAAGAAACAGAAAUAUACAGAUUUGUUUCAGAGGAGCACAAGGAUGUUUAUGAGCAAGUGUGUCAAAAGAAUCGUCAACUGAAGGAGGUUAUUGAUCAAAUGAGGACAGUGAUAUGGGAAAUCAACACCAUGAUAACCAUGAGGAAGUCAUGACACAAGGAGGAUAGUUGAACUAGAAAGGGGUUGAUCAAAUGAAGUCAGCAGUCUGGGAGAUCAGCACCAUGAGGAAUUCAUGACACAAGGAGGAUAGCUAAAGGAAAGGGUUGAUCAAAUGAGGACGGCGGCCUGGGAGAUCAACACCAUGAUAACCAUGAGGAAUUCAUGAUGGACACAGGAGGAUGGCUGAAGGAAGUGGUGGAUCAAAUGAGGACGGCGACCUGGGAGAUCAACACCUUGAUAACCAUGAGGAAUUUAUGAUGGACACAGGAGGAUGGCUGAAGGAAGUGGUUGAUUGAAUGAGGACGGCAGUCUGGGAGAUCAACGACUUAAUAAACAUGAGGAAAUCACACCAGCUGACAGAAGGAUUUUGAUCCAUGACAGCAAUCUGUGAGAUCAACACCUUGAUGACCAUGAAGAAUUCAUGAUGGACACCAGGGGGAUAUGGACUGAAAGGAGGGGUUGAUCAAAGCAGUGUAGGAUGCGAUCAACACUGUAAGCAGUAAAAUUCAUAAAUUCAGUCAAAUAUUUUACGUGACGGCUUAAUUUUUGCUUACUUCCAUAAAAUAAAAAUUAAAACAUUUUGUUCACACUCACACAGACCUACGUCUACUUUGGACUGUAUGUAACACUCUUAAUACAUUUAAAUAUUUGUAGAUAUUAUCAAAUUUAGGCACCAAAUUUGAGGUCGUAUCCUUUUAUUUAUUCAACAUUUUGUAAUUAUUGUAUGUGGUAUUGGUUGAUUUGCUGAGGCAGAUUUAGAU